GUGGGCAGAAGCUUCCAGAACCCAGUGGUGUGGUCUUUGACGGAAGAGCUUUUCUUAAGAGCUAAAAGAAGAAGAAAUUAUACGGGUUUGGUGGUUUGAAUACUGAACACAGCCUUUAAGAUAUCGGAUCGCGUGGAACUGAUAAGAACGGAACUUGCUAACAGCUGACUGAAGCAGUGAAUAAAGUGAAGGGCUUGUCACGUGAGUGCAUGUAAAUACUGGCUAGCCAUAGCAACCAGCAAGAUAGCAAAUGUAUUAAACCUUAAGCGGAGGCCAUGGCGAAAUAAGCGCUCUGCCGGACGUUUGUGUUUUGCUGCAUGAAUACCAAACACACCGUUUGACUUUCAGCUCAACCACACCAGCAUCAUCAGUUUGGUUAGUAACGGAAGAUGGACGGGAGUGUGACAGUCAUCACCAACCCCACCGUGUCCGUGCGGGUGACCAGCACAGUCAGCUCCUUCGAGGUGAACCGGAGAUUCAACCGAGGAGUAACGAUCGCAGAGUUUAAGAGUAAACUGGAGAUGAUCGUGGGCACCCCAGCUGCCUUAAUGGACCUUGAGUUAUUCAGCACUUCAGACAAGUUCUUACAGAAGCUAGACAACAAUGAAGCGCUGCUCGGCUCCUAUCCUGUAGAUGAUGACUGCAGAAUACAUGUGACAGACCGCAGUGGUACACAAAGCGGGGAGUUCACUGAUUUAUCAAAGGUGGAGAAAUUCGAGAUCUCCGAUGAAGCCUAUGAAAAAAGGGCAGAUUCGGUGCGGAACUUCAAGAAGAAUAUGAAGUUAGGGCGAUUUAAUGAGGAAAACAGGGCCAAGCAAGAAGAGACCCUUGCCAAGAAAGAAGAGGAAGAGAAGGCAGCCGCCGAAGCCAUUACUGUUGGGAACCGCUGCAAAGUUCAAGUUCCUGGGCAGCCUACCAAGAUCGGCACCGUUAUGUUUGUGGGUACAACAGAUUUCAAGCCAGGCCACUGGGUUGGUGUGAAAUAUGAUGAGCCGCUUGGGAAGAACGACGGCAGUGUGGACGGGAAACGUUAUUUUGAGUGUGACCCAAAAUACGGCGCCUUCGUGAAGCCCCUCUCGGUAACCGUGGGAGACUUCCCUGAAGAGGACUAUGGUUUGGAUGAGAUGUAAGACUCACCCGAUGAGCGAUCCGAAGAAAGACCCUCUUUCUUCCAGAAGUUUGGCUCCAUGCAGUGAGACAUUGCUGCGGUAGAAGGGUUUUUUUUUGUCGUCGAUGCGGAUCAUUUUGUUUCAUGCUGGUCUGGAAGAGAUCAGUGAAAAUUGUACCUUAAUUUCCUGCAGUCAAACUCAAGGAACGAUCUUAAACAACAUCUGUGCCCUGGCGACUAAAUGUAACUAGUAAGGUAAACGUGAGAACUCCAGCCGAGGUCGCAGUAGAGAAAAGCAUUCGCUUGCAUGUUGAUUGUUCGUUAUUGAAUUCCAAGGUUCUGCAGCUAAUUUGAGCCCAGAGCGAAUCAUUUCACUUCAAAGAAAUCCAACCAACCGCAACAGAAAAUGUUCUUCACGUUUUUGCAGUUCUGUGCACACCGUAUUGUAUAAAUGUCAUAUUUGUACUAACGAAUUCCUCCCUUUUCUGCAGCUGAUUACAUUCUUAUGCAUCAGUAUGACUGUGUUUUUGGGGUAUCAGUCCCUCGUUCUCUGUGGCACUUUAGCGGUUAGCUCACUAACGAGACGUGUAAUGUAGAAUCCGUAGGCCUCAGUUUUUCCGUGGUUCUGUAUUUUCUGUGUAAAUUACAGAAAUGUGAAAAGAAGACCGGCAUGUUACCAUUUUCAUGCAUGUCAAAUUUACAUUGAUCAGAAAGGCCUAAUGUUUUUAUGGAAUUCUGUUUAGUAUCGUGUCUGUUUAAAAUAAAUCCAUGUGCCAAUUUUGGACAUCCUGCAGUCAUAUACCCAAAUUGUGUUUUAUUUAUUUUUUUUUUUUUUACUGCCUUAAUACGUAACAUGGGACUCAUGUUACAGUGAAAAACACUGAUACAGUUUGGCCCCGAAAGCUUCAUAGCUCACAAGCGAUAAUACAGGUUACUGACUUGCUGUGCACCAAAACCAAAUGUUUGAUUCAUAUGAAUGUUAUAGUAGUUUUAACCAAAUGCAUUGUAAAAGUAGAAAUUUUGCACAUGAGACCAGAGCCAGGCGUAAACACUGAUGCUGAAUCAGAAGUAUCUGUUUCGUCCUUUAUUCUAUACUUACAUUAGCUGGCCAUAAAUUCGAGAAAAGAAAAAAUAUUUUUGUUUUUGACAUUGUCUUGGCAAACUUACAGACUCAGUCAUUAUUUUGCAUAAAGUACAAUUGAAUCUAUCAUUUGUCAAAAACGUGGCCGUGGAAUUAAUGGCUCAACUGUUCGUGCCUGAGUGCACUUAGGUUUUUGUAAAUGUAUUUCGAUUUACCCCUCCAGACUGUGAUGCUUUGCUAAAAAAAAUAAAUAAAAUAAAAUAAAGACUUUCAAAUUA